AUGAUGACCGCGCUCGUUUUACAGUUUACAUCAAAUCACAAUCUGUUACUGUGGAUCUAAGCAUGGCGCCCCCUACUGACAUGUGAAAGGGGAACAGCUAUAAUGUUACAUCCUGUAUUAUACCCCAGAGCUGCACUCACUAUUCUGCUGACUCCGCACGGAAUGCAUUGCCGUCUACGAGACAGCGCAUCAUUAUGCCGUUGCCUGUAGUCUCCGGAUUUUCGGUGCGGACAUUCCAUAGUGUGAACAUCGCCUUAGAAGACAUAUCUUCAUCGUUUUUUUUGACUGUAAUUGAUGAAUCAGGAUGAUCCGAAACGUGAGAACACAACACAAAGGCGGAAGGGGUUCACAUGUGACCUGCCGUGGCGCCGCGACGGUAAAGGGUUUCGUGAAAACAUAUUCAUGAAGUUAUUAUUUGGAUCCAGGAGGAAGCAGAACGUCUGGUUCCCUUUAAGGAGAUGGUUUCGGCAGAACUGAGAUAAAGGUGCGAUCAUCGCCGGGGGAUCAGUUAUGUGAAAUCUUUCCGAGAUGAGGACGAUAAUUGUGGCGCUGCUCGUCGUGGUCAUCCACAUGGCUGAAGGUUCUGCACUUGAGGUCACUGUUUCUCCUUCACAAGUCGGGAUAGUUCACAGUGAUGUUAUUCUGUCGUGCACUUUCAAAGUGGACAAACCUCCAAUAAACCCUCAGUUCUUGGCCACCUUCUGGCACUUUGGAGAAAAGGAGAUUGCAAGACACGACAGUAAGGCAACGUGGUCAGCUCCAGAAUAUACCAUGAAUGAGCAGACGAUCACACAGGGGGAUGCCUCUCUGACCAUCCGCAAUGUGACCGUCUCUCAUCAGGGCGCAUACAAGUGCACGGUGGUCUACAGUCCAAACUCCCAGGUGCAGGAAAUCCAGUUAGAUAUUCUUGCUGUUCCAGAGGUCCAGAUUCAAAAGAAAGCAAUCCUGAGUGGUGUGACAAGUCUUCUCCAAUGUUCUGUCACAAACUUCUUCCCGAAAGAUAUGAAGGUGACUUGGCUCAAGAAUGGUCAGACCCUAAGUGGUUUGGCGGCCCAGGAUGACAGGACGAAUGUAGAUAACACGUUUACGAGGAUCAGCUCGGUAAAUGUUACAUUUCUGGAGGAACAGGGGAAACCAAAAAUUACUUGUCAGGUGGAACAUAAAUAUCUUCAAGAGCCCAUCAAGGAUUUUUACAUUGUGCAGUAUGGAGCUGCCCCCACCGUCAAUAUGAAGGCUUCCAAGACAACCGAUGGUAAUGACCAGAUUUACAUGUGUGAAGCAACAAAUUAUUUCCCAAAAGAAGUGACAAUGGACUGGUUGUUGGAUGGGAAGAGAAUCGAUUCUACCCUGUCAAAUAACAAUGGAUAUUUCAACAAAGAGAUUUUUUACCGUAUUCAGAAUGAAGGAAACAACCCACCAUCUCAGAUCUCCUGUGAGGUCCAACAUGAGACAUUAAACAGUCCUGUAACUACGACAAAGGAAGUAAAAGUGGAGCGUGCUUGUAAGAGGUCAUGUCACUUCGGUAUUAUUGGUGUCUUGAUAGCGUUACUGAUAAGUGCGUUACCAGCACUAUGGUAUUACAUGAAGAGAGAAUCCCAGAAGUUCCUGGUGAGUCACAUUCACAGCCUGGAGAGUGAGGAGAAAGUCGCCGUGUACUGUAUGGCGUCCAACUGUCCAGAAGACGUGCGGGUGACCUGGACCAUCACCGAGAAUGGAACAGAUAUAGAAAUCUCAGAAAAUAAGCUGGAAAAAGAUGAAGAGGCCGGUCUCCUAAACAACCAAGUCAGCCAAGAUUAUACUGUGGAAACUGACCGAUCACAGUCCGAUAAACUCCACCACGCCAUCUCUACCCUGACCUUUACACCAGCUGAAAUGAAACACAAAGAGAUAAAAGUCUCCUGCACCUUCCUCUGUAACGGAACAAGUCAGCAGAAGCAUUUACUAUGGAAGUUCACAGAAAUCAGAAGGCCAGAAGUGCCCGAUCCUAUGCAGCUGUCACUGGGGGACAAUGGAGACGUUGUCUGUUCUGUCUCUCUGCAGAACUUUUUUCCGAAAGAUGUCAAGAUAAAAUGGAGCCAUGGCCUUGGACAAUUCCAGGAUGCAGAGACUCUUAAAGAGACAUUUACAAAAAAUAGUGCCUGUUCAUUUAAUGUAAGAAGUGAAUGUAGAGUUCCUGGCAAUCUCCUCAAGGAUCAAGGAUAUAGAAUACGAGCCACAUGGAGCCUUGGAAAUGAGACCGGGCAACAGGAAGCGUCAAUAACAGACUCUGGAUGGCGCCCAGUGAUGGGAGAGAUUGAGAAACCUACAUUCAUGGACGGUAAAGAAGCUAAACUGCUUUGUCGAGUCUCUGGGUAUUUCCCCGAUGUUUUGGACGUGAAGUGGUUAAGGAGAGAUGCAGGAAGCCAAGAAGACUAUGUUGUGUCUGACAGUGACAAAUACAAGAUCCCGAUAGUAGAGGCCACACAACAAGAAGAUAAGACAUUCACCUGUACGGCCUGUCUGAACCUAUCAGUGUCUGCGGCAACAGAUUUCGGGGCAGAAUUUAUCUGUCGGGUGAGACACCCCAGUAUACCGACACAUGUGGAGAAGAGCACGGGAGCGAUCAGGGUGAUCGGUAUCCGAGCUGUGAAUGUAAAUCUGAAUGAAGAUAAAAUGAGAGCAGAAGUUUUACUUUUCCCCCCAAAUGAUGUCAAAAUCACAUGGGGGAGACAGAAGGGCACCAAGAAAGAUUAUGAGGAAUAUAAAGAUGUCUCUCUGAAUAAAUAUCCCAGCAGUGAUGGCACCUACACAUGUUAUAGUGAGAUUCCAGUCAGCUUCCAUAAGGACAGAAAAUAUUAUAGAGUGGUUGUUAAACACGAUGCAUCAAGUACUGUAAUAGAGAAGAUCAUCUUACGAGAGAAUGGUGAAUUUUACUUAUUUGAAAAUGAGAAAAUGAAGACUCUUUUGGCCCAAAUGUCUGAGCAACAACAAGGCAAAAGCAUCAAUGCAGAAAGUCAGGAGCCGCCAGCAGGGAUCAAGGCUGUGAAUGUGACACUUCUAAAUAAAGCUAAAAUAAGAGCAGAAGUUUCACAUUUCACCCCAAAAGAUAUAGAAAUCACAUGGAGGAGAGAAAAGACAAAGACAAAAAUGUAUGAGGACUGUGCACACUCACUUACAGUAGAGGUCAACAGUGAUGACACCUACACAGCUUAUAGUGAGAUUACAUUAAAGGAUAAAAGCAAAAGAUAUGAAGUUGUUGUGGAUCACAAAGCAUCAAAGUCUUCAAUAAAAAGGACCGUCCUACAAGAACACGGUAAAUGGUAUAUAAUUGACAAGAAGAAUGUGAAGACUCCUUUGGCACAAACAUCUGAGCAGCAAAAUGGCUGAAUUUUUUAUUAAGAAAAUCUGGAACCUCCAGCAGAGACACGACAGGGGAGCAAUGUAUUAUGCUUUGAAGAGGAAGAUGACAAAGGAAACUCCAUUGCAAAGUUCAUAUUUCAAUAAGAAGAAAAAAUCUCAACAUAACGUAUAUAAAGUUUUUUGUUGUUUUUGUUGUUGUUGUUUUUGUUUAUUUUUUAAGCCCCUUCACUCCCCCUUAUACUGAAUGACUAUGUUCAGGACAUUUUCCAAUUUUAUUGUGCGGGACUCAAAAUGGUAGGGGGUUCUUUUGAAUCUCCAAAAAUAAACGUAGAAGAAUAGAAGACUGUAGCACUCCAAAAAAUCGUGAAAAAGCGGUGGCGUUUAUUCCAGCGCAAACAUCAAGGCAACGUUUCGGCUGCAUGUAAGGAGCCUCUCUUUCUCUGGCUUGAGAAAGGCUGCUUGCAUGCAGCCGAAACGUUGCCUUGAUGUUUGAGCUGGAAUAAACGCCACCGCUUCGGUAUGCCAAUGUAUAUCACACACUUAAAGAAUCCGUAACUCCAUACCAUAACUAAUACCAUUAUAUCUGUUCUUAUUUUUUUUUUUAUUCUGGUAGAAUCAGGUGUUGAUCCAGCAGAGCAGUUGUUUUUCCAAUAUUCUCUUUACUCUCUGUCUCUAUAUAGGCCGGCAUUACACAGAGACAAAACAAUUUGCGGUUGCUAAGAGACUAAUAGAUUUGGAUUAAAUUACCCUAUUUUUCGCGCUAUAGGACGCACCGGCGCAUAAGACGCACCCUAUUUUUAGGUGCAAAAUCUAAAAAAUUAAAGAUUUUGAACCCAAUAGUGGUCUUCAACCU